GUGCCUGGCCGCGCUGGGAUGCAGUGGCAGAGGGAGGUCUUUCUCCUGAGCUGAUGGUCUGAUGGGAAGAGAGAGGAGCUCAGACAUACUCGCAACCACUUGCUUAUUUAAGCAAAUAGAGAAUUACAGCUGUGAAGUGAAAACUUAAAGCUCAGGGAUAACUUUGAGUAUGUGAAUAAGGGGAUCUUGCCUUAAGGUGGGUGAGAAAGGCAUUUCUGAUGAAUUAAAGCUUCGUCUGAGAUCUGAUGCCUCUAGGCAAACAAGGGAGGGAGACCCUCCAAGCCAAGGGAAUGAGGUGUGCUGGGCCGUGUGGCAGGAGGAAGCACGGGCCGCACGAAGGCUGAAGAAUAAAUGAGGGCUUUGAGCUAAGAGACCUGCACGGAGUGUGUGUGAGAUGAAGCUGGAACCAGAGCAGCAGGACCUUAGCCACCACUGAAGAGUUCGGUCCUUACUCAAAACUCAAAAAAUUUAAGCAGGAGUGAGUCAAGGUCAGAUUUGCAUUUUAAAAAGGUCCCCCUGCAGGGGGUGCCAGAGGUUAGGGUAGACCAGUUAGGCUAUUCCAUUACCCCCAGGCCAGAACUGUUGGAACUUGAAGGGUGGUGGAGAGAGAGGGGAAGGGGAAUAUUAUUAUUCUUCACAAAGGAGGAAUGCUUUUAUCAGAUUCUGAGUUGAAUCUAGUAAGUCUCAAAAUAUAGAUUGCCACUGAUUCUGAUCCCAUGUUUAAUCCUAAACUAUAUCACUAAACCCCACAAAUCUUUUUUACCCCACAAUUGACAUAACACAUUAUGUUAGUUUCAGGUGUAUAACAACGAUUAGCUAUUUAUUACACUUGCAAAAUGAUCACAGUAAGUCUAGUUACCAUCAAGACAGAGUGACAAAAUCUUUUUCCUUGUGAUGAGAACUUUUAAGAUUUACUUUCUUGGCAACUUUCAAGUUUGAAAUGCAGUACUGACUAUAGUCACCAUGCUGUACAUUACAUCCCGCGACGUAUUUAUUUAUUUAAGUUUGUUUGUUGCUUAUUUGUUUAUUAUUUUUUGCUGCAUUGGGUCUUUGUUGUUGUGCAGGCUUUCUCUAGUUGCCCCAAGCGGGGGCUACUCUUGGUUGUGGUGCAUGGGCUUCUCAUUGCGGUGGCCUCUCUUAUUGCAGAGUAUGGGCUCUAGGUGCUUGGGCUUGGGUAGUUGUGGCACGCAGACUCAGUAGUUGUGUCGCACAGGCUUAGUUGCUCCACGGCAUGUGGGAUCUUCCUGGCGCAGGACUCGAACCCAUGUCCCCUGCAUUGGCAGGUGGAUUCUUAACCACUGCGCCACCAAGGAAGUCCCCGUGAUGUAUUUAUUUUAUAAUUGGAAGUUUGUACCUCUUGACCCCCUUCAUCCAUUUUGGCCCCCGCCCCCAAUCACCCUCCCUGAGACAGGGGUAUUUUUGAAGCCAUGUUUAAGAGGUAGGAUUCACAGGGCUCGAUGCUGGGUUGGAUGGUAGAGGGGAAAGGGAAAUGUCAAGGUUUCUGGCCCCGAGCAAGGGCCCUGGAAGAUGAUCACUUGUAUGGAGGGUCUGCAGGGGAAUUCAGCGUAAAUUCACAUGAAUAAAUGUGUUGAGUUUGAGGUGCAUUUGAGACAUCUAGUUGCUGUCAAGUAGGCAGUGGAAUAUAAGGGUCCUGAGUGUGGAGAAUUCGAAGCCGAAUAUAGAAUUACUUAACUCAUCUCCUUCUAGGUGAUUAUUGACAUGUCAGCAGACGAUUGCCUGAGAAAGGCAUACAGAGCGAGUAAGGCUCUAAAGCCCAGCCAGAGGGAGAGACCACAGUAGCAAAAGGAACUGACCUCUACUUACAGCAGAAAGAAAGAAGAUGGAUGCAUAUAUAGUUAGGUUUGUGUGUUUGCUUUCUGGAAGGCAUGGGUUGGAAGUGGAGUCUCUCCCCGGACCUGAGGACAACCAGCAUCAUGCAGUUACUAACUGCUCUUCACUCACCUAUUGAUGCCUCCCAGGAAAAAACGCCGCCAAACGUCCCAGAAACCCCAGCUGCUUUUCUACCAGCAACCACUGGAGGGCCCCAAACACCACUGUGGAUCUCCCCAGCCUCCUAUCACCCAUACUAGACAGGUGCCCAGCAAGCCCAUUGACCACAACACCAUCACUUCCUGGGUAUCACCUCAGUUUGAUACAACAGCAGAAAGCUGGCUCCCAGCCAACUGGAAACAUCAUCACCGAGACCUGGCAAGGCGAUCAAGUCGAAAAUCUACCAGCUCCAGAUUUCCACAUCUAACGUUUGAGAGUCCACGGUCUUCUGCCAGUUCAGCCACACCUGAGAUCCCUCUAAUCAGGGACUGCCCCAGUCAACCAGAAAAGGACAUUUCCGGAAGGGCCUUGGUUCCCAUGCUCAGCCCCCAAAGCUGCGGGGAGCAGUCAGCACAUGCACUUCAAAACUUCCCUUAUUUGUUCAUUCCUCCGGAUAUCCAGACCCCAGAGUCGUCUGGACAGGGAGGGCCCAUUCCCUCAGAGCUGAGGGAAAAUAGCCUUCCCAGCUGCUCCCUUCACACGAGCACGCCCAAGAGCCCAGAGCCGGGGCCUGUUCUGGUUAAAGACACUCCCGAGGAGAAGUAUGGGAUAAAGGUCACAUGGCAGAGGCGACGACACCUGCUCACUUAUCUCAGGGAGAGGGGGAAGCUGAGCAGAAGCCAGUUCCAUGUGAAAAACUGACUGGGUUUCUCAGACAUCCCUGGUCCCAAGAAAUUGAUUGCUGGAGUCGUAAGGGAAUUGAAUUCCCAUAUUUGAUUUUUAAAAUAUCUUGUGUCAUAAACAGUUUUUAGUGUCAUAAACAGUUCACUUCAUAUUUUUUCUUGUAUUAACUUGAAAAAUUUUAAAUAUGUUAUACUGUUUAAAAUGUCUAUAAAUAAAUGGCUGCAGGAAGUUUUUAGAGAAUGCUCUUCUGACUGUCACUAAUACAGCAAUACUGCAAUACUGCAAUACUGCCCCUGCCCCUCCAUGGUCUUUCUUGUUUCCUUUAACCACUCACUACUCAUUCAUCCUUUUAAUCACCUCAUUCAAACUAAUUCAUUCCACAUGUUUGAGUUCCGACUCUGUGUAGGACUCAGUGACUUCUUCCUCUGUGACCUGAUGCAUGGAAAAACUCGAAACAAAUUGACCUUUUACAGUUGAGCUGCUGUCUCUGCAAUCUUGGCGCAUCUGCUGAAAGCGUGGGAUGAAGAAAGGGCGGCAAGCCUGUUUUAAUGAGUACAGUGGGACCAGGAGAGAUAAAGGGGACAUAGGUAAGUUACUUAGGGCUGCGAUGUUUUGAUUUUUUGUUUCCAACUGAAGUCAUUAUAAAUAUUAAAUAGGGUGGGAAAAUGAUUUCUUGUAACUUUU